UCAUGUCACAUGAUCUUAUGACCUGUGCAAGCCUAGCGGCCUGGCUUUACUUUGUUUGCUAGCAAACAUUCGCCCGUUUGGCAAAACACAUAGCACAAUUUUGUUCUCUUCCCACAGAUUCUUUAGAGAUUAGUUCCACCUGGCUAAAGUGCAAUGUCGUCGUGGGGACAAGGUGGCAGACGGCCUCAACCCAACCCAAACAGAGGUGUUAAACCUCUUCUGCCAUUUCGAAGACCAGCACCAUACCCCGUGAGAGAAGACAGGAUGGACGACCACAAUGACUCUGAGCGUUAUGAGGUGUUGGACCAACAGCAUGACGACUCCGGUAACAACGUGGACUAUGAAGUAUAUCAACAAAAUGCUUCUCUCAAGGUUUACAAUCCAGCUGACAAACGUAGCGCCCUCUACCAGGGGUUCUACAAGCAACUCCAGAAGGCACCUGCUGACUGUGUAGUCCUGUCUGUGAGCAACCAGAGCAUGGAUUACCCCAAAUCGAUAUGCCACUGUUUGCAGGAGCGCGGCCUCUCGGUGGAAAUGAUUUACCUGCAGGCGGAGUCAGGCCUGACCCGGGCCCUACAAGAUGUCCGUUCCGACGGUUCCCCCUUAUGUAUUCUCGUCGAACAGACUAAUGUAGCUCUGUCCUCAUGCACAGUAAUCAUAUUUUCAGAAUCCCUCAAAAUCCACCGCAACAUGCCCAUGGACCAUGCCAUGGACUUUGUGAUGGCGGAGUAUGGCCGUGGGCUUGGGGAGCAGACGCAGCAGAAGGAUCCUGCAGAAACGGGGGCGCGGGCGGCCGAGCUGGUGGAUGACUACCUCAAGAGGGAGAAGGUGGAGAGGCAUUCUGUGCCCUCUGACACCCGCCAGCUGCUCUUCUUCCUGGCCGAGGGAGUCCACCUGUACCCCGAGGAGCUGAGCACCAUCGCAGAGUACCUCCGCAACCGCCAGCACCAUCUGCAAGCCACGUCCACUGAGACCGGUGAUGGCCCCCUUCCUGAGAGGAGGAAGAUGUUGCCUCCUGGUUUAGGGAAACCCCCACCGCUGCUACCCACCCCCUCAGGCCCUCAUGGCAGAGAGACACCCCCUGGAAUGGGAGAGCACUCUGCUAACCCCCUCAUGACUUCUCCAGGCUCAUACCCCAAGACCAAGCCCCCUCCACUGCUAUCCAUGCACCCUUCUACACAUGGCCCUCCUCACGGCAUCCACGGUCCACUACAUCGAGGACCCCCACACCAACACGGCCCCCCUAACCCCCGAGGGCCCCCACCCCCCCGUGGCCCCAUGCCCCCACACGGCCCCCGAGGAACCUCACUGAAGAGCCUUCACAUGGGACCCCAGCCUGGGCUGUUCACCUGUCCAGGUGGUCCGCCUCCACUCCCAAACACCCAGGCGCUGAGAGAACGUCAUCUCUAGACCACCAUGGACAGACAACAGAAAGAAUCAGAGCUGAUCAGGACACACUGUCAUACUGGCCUGAGGAGUGGGAUCUCCUUCAGCUCAGUGCCCUGCUGCUGCCCUCUCAGGAACCCACAGUACCACUCCUCAUCCAGAGCCCUGUGGAGAUACAGGAUCUCUGUAUCCAUAGUUUAGCAAGCUGAAAUGGAAUAUUGUGAGUUGCAUUUGACUAUUUGGGAGUUCACAGCUCAAUUUUCAUGAGUGUGAGUUGACCCACUACAAUGUUCAGGAGCCAAGUCAGAACAAAUGAUCAGAUUUUAAGUUUCAUUCGCAGAUUCUUUGUUUUAUAUUUUUGUGUCUGUUUUUGUUGUUUUUCUUUUAACUGGAUAUUGUCUGUAAAAUGUUAUACCGGUAAUACAUAACACAAUAAAGGCUAAUCAAGAACCAAAAUAUCUAUACUAAUUUCCUAAUAAAAGAAAGCAUCUUCAUGCAUCAA